AUGCCACCCAAGGGUGAUUGGCUCACCAGGGCACCGCCAGAGAACUAUAUUGCUGGCCUGGGCCGUGGCGCAAGUGCUUUCACUACGAGUUCCGAUAUAGGCGGCACCAGAGAUGGUCCAUCAGCAGAAGAGUACCAAGCUUUAAUCGAGCAACGCGCACGUGCUGUGGGAGUGCCCACACCUGCUGCCUAUGGUAAUGCCACUCGCAACACAGGAAAACCAGCGGAGAAAGAUGAGGAACGUUUCAAGGAUGUCGAGGAAGACCUCUUCGCCCAACACAAGUACGAUUCUUCAGAUGAAGAGGCAGAUAGAGUUUAUGCGGAGGUGGAUGAAAAGAUGGAAAGACGCCGAAAAGCUCGCAGGGAAGCUCGAGAGAAGGAACAACAGGAGGAACGCGAACGACAGAAUCCGAAAAUCCAGCAGGAAUUCGCCGACCUGAAGCGAUCCCUUGCUGUUAUCUCUGAAGAGGAGUGGCAAAACCUGCCAGAUGUUGGUGACCUCACAGGUAAAAACAAACGCCAAAGACAAUUUGAGCGGCAGCAGCGAUUCUACGCCGUUCCCGAUAGCGUCCUCGCAGGAGCAGCAGAUUCGCAGGGGUUCAACUCAGAGAUCGCUGAGGAUGGAACUCAAGACGAGGACUUCCAGAAAAACUUUUCGGACAUGGGUUUAGCCCGUGAUAUGGUGCUGAAAGUGAGGCUAGCUCAUGCUGCAGGGGCCGAGCCCAUGCCCGAGAAUAGCAUUAACCAAGGGGACUACCUUUCCAGUUUGGUGAAGGAAGAAGGCAGCAAAGUUGAUAUUGGUGACAUCAAAAGGGCCCGUACCUUGAUGGAAGGAGUCACGAGUACCAACCCUACGAAUCCUGGUGGCUGGAUGUCAUACGCACUUUUGGAAGAGGAAGCCGGCCGCAUUGCUGCGGCCAGAAAUGUCAUCAAAAAGGGAUGCAAGGCUUGCCCUAAAAAUGAAGACGUAUGGCUUUAUGCUAUUCGACUUCACGAUGGCCACAAUGCCAAGGUUAUUGCAGCAAAUGCUGUUCAGAAUAACAGCCAAUCCGCAAAACUCUGGCUCGCGGCAAUGAAAUUAGAGAAAGACGACCGCUCAAAAAAGAACGUGCUUAGACAAGCUAUUCUGCACGUCCCCCAAUCGAUCGAGAUCUGGAAAGAAGCCGUGAAUCUAGAGGAUAACCCUGAAGAUGCUCGUCUGAUGCUUGCAAAGGCAGUCGAGGUAGUUCCAUCGGCAGUUGAUUUGUGGCUCGCUCUUGUUCGCCUGGAGACUCCAGAGAACGCACGAACUGUUCUAAACCUCGCACGUAAGGCUAACCCCACCAAUCACAAACUGUGGAUAGCUGCAGCGCGUUUCACUGAAAAAAUGGAGACAUUUGAAAAGGACAAUGUGAUGAAGCAUGCCGUCAAAAGUCUGGUGAAAGAAAAGGGCAUGCCGAGCCGAGAGACAUGGAUUGCGGAGGCUGAAAUAUGCGAGGAAGGAGGUUGGGAACUCACUUGCGCGUCCAUCAUCGCCGAGACACUUGGAGUGGGUAUGACCGAGGACGUUGAUCGCAUUCAAAUAUGGAUGGAGGACGCUAAAUCAAGCAUUGGACGGGGCAUGUACGAAACGCCACGAGCAAUUUAUUCCUUGGCCUUACAGAAUUUCCCAACUCUCCAGCCUGUUUGGCUUGCCGCUGCAGAUUUAGAGCGCAAUCACAACAAAAAAGAGCGUUUGUGGCAGGUCCUCGAGAGAGCUGUCGAAGCAUGCCCUUCCAACGUGGAUCUAUGGUUGCGAUUUGCCAAAGAGAGAAUGUUGGCCGGUGAUAUCGACGAAGCGCGACAGGUGCUAACUCGUGCACACACGCAACUUCCCGAAAACGAAGAUAUUUGGCUCGCAUCUAUCAAUCUGGAGGCAGAUCCCAAGAAUCCAGCAAAGAAUCCAGAUGAGGCUAGAAGACUUCUCAUUAAGGCCCGCCAGGAAGCUGGCACGGACCGUGUAUGGACCAAGAGUGUUGCUUUCGAAAGAACACUAGGAAACAUCAACGAGGCUUUGGACCUAGUCAACCAAGGACUGAAACUGUAUCCCAAAGUUGACAAGCUUUGGAUGAUGAAGGGCCAGAUCUAUGAGUCACUGGGCAAGUUUCCAGAGGCGCGUGAAGCGUAUGGAACUGGUACCCGAGCCUGUUCCAAGUCUGUGCCUCUUUGGCUGUUAGCUGCACGGUUGGAAGAAAAACUGGGUGUUGCCAUCCGGGCCCGUUCUAUCCUCGAUAGAGCCCGUCUGGCCGUCCCCAAAAGUCCUGAAAUUUGGUGCGAGUGUGUUCGGAUGGAACGCCGCGCGAAGAACAUUCCACACGCCAAGACAGUGAUGGCUAUGGCGUUGAAAGAAAUACCAACAUCUGGCUUACUCUGGAGUGAGAGCAUUUGGCAUCUUGAUAUCCGUACACAACGCAAGUCACGUAGCUUGGCGGCCGUCAAGGUAGCUGACCGUGACCCAAUGACACUGAUUACGGUGGCGCGACUCUUUUGGAAUGAGCGUCGAUUUGAUAAGACAAAGACCUGGUUCGAGAAGGCCAUGGCCUUGGACAGUGAUUACGGUGAUGGCUGGGCUUGGUAUUACAAGUAUCUGAAGGAAUACGGCACGGAAGCCGAGCAGGCUGAUCUUGUGUCCCGGUGCAUUGCAGCUGAGCCGAAGCAUGGCGAGGUGUGGCAAUCCAUUUCUAAGGAUCCAGCCAACGCAUUCAAGUCAACUGAAGAGAUCCUGAAGAUAGUCACUGACACCAUUAACUGA